AUGGUUGAAGUCGCUGGCCUAUUGAGCUCUGGAGAUUCAGAUGCUGACCACGGUGAGGAGCAGGCGUUUUCUCCAGACUGGCCCACCGUAGCCGCCGAGAUUGCAACGAUGACACUGGCCAUUCUCGGCCUGUUGCUGCUGCUGGCAGGCCUUGGCUUCUGGACGGUGCACCCUCCUGGUGAACCAGAGCUCUGCCAAAUCGACACCCUCGGCCUUCAAAACCUGACGCUGGCACGGCAGCGUUCGGACCUUGCGGCUUGCCACGGCCUCUACAAGGUCGUCUUCACAGCACUAGGAGUGAUUUCCUGGCCAUUCAUACUCUGUGGCUUCUUCGCACUGCUGAUUGCAUGGAUGUUGUCAAGACGAGCGACGCCGAACAAGUGCAGGAGAGUGACUUGCAUUGCCGUUUUGGAAGUGAUUGGGACCGUCAUUGUUUGGUUUCCUUCGCUACUCUUCCCUAGCCUCUCUUUGGCCGUGGCGGCUGGAAUGGCGCCCAUCCAUGCCUACUUUAUCAGCAUUACAGCGGGCCACAUUGUGAUUUCCGUAUCGGGCGCAGACUCUGGGAAUUCGACGGCAAACAAAGCAGCGCACAUGUACCAAGUUCUCUACGAAGGCUACUGCGCUGCCAGCCGAGUUGAGCUGUGCUUGUCGAUUGGAGGCGUGGCCUUGCUGCUGCUCUUUUGGUGUUUCGUGGCCGACAUCCUGCGGAUCAUUGCGUCCCUGACUUGCUGGAGGUCAAAGUUGGAAGAUCCAAGGGGUUUUCAGCUUUGGCAGAUGCUUCAGCACUGGCGACGGAGGUGA